CCGUUUUUCCUCGAAAAUGCCAUUACAAGUGAAGCAGUUGAAGUGAACGCAUCGUUAAAAGCUACCUAAAUCAUCAUCAUGACUGGCCGCGGUAAAGGAGGAAAGGGACUGGGCAAAGGAGGAGCCAAGCGUCACCGCAAAGUGUUGCGCGAUAACAUCCAGGGAAUCACCAAGCCCGCCAUCCGUCGUCUGGCUCGCCGUGGCGGAGUGAAGCGCAUCUCGGGGUUGAUCUACGAAGAGACGCGUGGCGUGCUGAAGGUGUUCCUCGAGAACGUGAUCCGUGAUGCGGUUACGUACACGGAACACGCCAAGCGGAAGACAGUCACCGCCAUGGAUGUCGUCUACGCGUUGAAGCGCCAGGGCCGCACGCUGUACGGUUUUGGAGGUUAAGCGAGAUUCCCGACGCCACCAUCACCCCACGCGAUUCGGAGAGCAAAUCGCGCAACCAAUCGGCCCUUUUCAGGGCCACCAAUUCUUCCUGAAAAAAGAUAAUGCUUUACCUUUCUGUUGUGUGGUGUAGAGAUGGGUUCACUGUGCGCGUGUACGCGUGCGUCCAUUAGUACGCAGGAAUGUGCGAAUUUUCUCUGAACUGUGUGCGUUAGACCCCCCGCACACAAGCGCGUUCAACCGGUGUAGCGUGGCUUGGGUGCAGGGUUGUCUUUCCAUUUUACGUAAGCGUGUUCAGAGAACCAAUAAUUUAGCAACAGUUUGGGUCAAAUAUUCGUGCGUAAUCCGCGCGCGCAGCUGCUGCUGAUGUGGCAACAUUCCGACAGGAUAUUAUCCUUGUACAGAAAGGGCGCUAUUUGUCGAAACCCUUUUUUUGAAUUCACUCUUAAUUGUGUAAAAGCAACGCCACAAGCCCUUUUGGGCGCGAAAAAACAUGGCGUCAUUUAUCGUCUGUCGCGCUUGGCUUGCUUCCACAUGAUGCCCUCUUUUGCAGUUCUUUCCCUUUGCCCUUCCGAAAAGAAAAAUAGUGCUUCCAUGGGUGGGGGGAAUCAUGUACAAACAUGUAUGUUCUUGUUUUGGCGCAUGUUCAAUUCGGUUUGCGUGCGUCGUAUAACUAUCAGUUAUUCACAUUAAAACUCUUGAACUGAAAUAGAUAACAUAAUCUGUUUUUCCGUGUUUUCAUUAUUAUGCACAAUUGUUUAAUUCUCUUUUUGUAAACCAUUUUAGAAUAGUGACGCAAUCCAACGCUAUGAAAGGCUAAUUUUCCCUCCGUUUUGUUUCGCCACGCCACCGAGCAGCUGCGGCGUCAUUCGAUGAGCGAACAGAUGUGCACCCUUUGUUCCCACGGGAAAGGUUAGGACGAAUGCCGGGACGCUUCGGCCCAAGACAGCAAGAAAAAGACCAGCGCUACAGUUUGCAGUUACAUCGUAAGAUUACACAUCUUUUGUGACUGGUGGCCAUGGAACCGAAAUCCUAUAAUGUGACAAAUAUUCCGUGCAUGUAGCUUGUAAAUAAUUAAUUCAGCGAAAUAGCGUUAGAUGAAACUUUACACUCAAUGGUGCUGCAGCACAUGUGAAAGAAUGAAAGGUUUAGAACUACAAUAUAUUUUUAGUACAAUUACAUACAUUUAGGGGUAUCGUAAUGGAUUUGAAUGCACGGUUGCAGUUCUCAAGAUUUGUUUCUGAUUAUAUAAUGUUAAAUUUUUUUGAUAGUUACAUAUUAUACAAAAUAUGUAGAAUUACAUAGAAAUAUAUGCUAAUCUGGGUAAAUAAUGCUUGUUUCGCCGAUGAUAUUAGUGAAUUCGGCUUGCAACUUCAAAUAUCUGACUUUGUUGAUUGUUCGGAACAACUUAGAAAAACAUAAGUCAAUAAUCUUUUCUUAUAAAACUUAAAUAGGUAAAGACAUUGGACUUAAAUGUCAAACAUUUAGAAACAACAAUUGACAGGAAACUGUCAUUAACGUGAUGUUCUUUCAACAUUCUUUUACUUAAAUGUAUUGAGCAACUCUAAUUAACAGGCGACAGGAGCAUCCAGGAUCAAAAAUGUUUGAAUGUACGACAUUCAGUUCAUUACUCAUACAAAACUUCCUUCAUUACUACAAAUAGUUAAUUAUAAAGUAAAUGAUUUAAAGCAUUUAAUAUAGGCGCUAGCUAAUUGUUAAUCAAUUUUAAUACGUAGGACGUCAACCAUAAACAUUGAGCAAAACGUAAACAAAGGUAAAACGCACGUAAAACUUUAUGUUCAUGUGGGCUCAAUUUACUUAACAGGACCAUUUUAGCUUACAAGAAAAUAUUGUUAAUUUUAUUUUGAAAAAAUGGAUAUUAUGUGAAAUACAUUGUUUAUUUUUAAAUAAAAUACUUUCAGCGGAAGCUUCAUUUGACUUCUAGCAUUAAAAAAGUCCCGAAACUCGUCCAGCAGAGACUGGGAACGCUGAUACCAAAACAGUUCCCAGAGGUGUGGAACGAUUCCAGUUUUUGGCAUCGGAAGGAUCGUUCCGUUUGUUCAGUUCUUUAUAUUAAAGCCAACUUUUAAAGAGCAUUUUUGUUGCAGACAAGCCAGUAAAAGCUAUUUAAAUAACGUUCCACAGUUAAGUACAACAAUGUUGCCUCAAUUGCACAAAAGUUUGAUUGCAGCUUCAUUUAACAGGUCACGCUCGUACAAAGUUAUCAAUCACAUCUGCUCAAAAGGGGUUGGAGGCCAUUCUUUCCGUAACAGGACCCGUAAGUAAAUAUCCCGUUUGAUUACCGAGAGACAUUCCAGAGACAGUUCAUUCUUGUGCCCGAUGAUCACAUCACGAUCUUCGAGAGCGCUCCGAGCGAGCGAGAGAGAGAGAUCUUCUCGUGUUUAUCUGACCGUGCGCUUCCGCGAUUCUCUUUGCAUCAUGUGGAGCCCCAGAAAUGAGCUUUCACGGUAUUUGACUCGCGAGAUGGAUCGCGCAGCAGCAGCAGCAGCAGCCGUAGUUUCACGAAAGCAAGAGUAACGCGUGCAGUGAACUGUUUAUAGUUGAAGUUCAGUUUUGCUCAGUCGUAGAUCAGUUUUCCAGCAGCACACGCGUCAGAUGGAAGUUUCUCUGGAGUUGGUGUAAUUGUAUGGUUUUUCGAUGUGCAGAGAGUGCGGAAAACGUGCGGAACCGAUCGGAUGUGAGUGAAACCAAAACGGAACGAAGCAUUCGAAACGAAACCGAUCGCCGGUGAAUGAGUUGCGGGUUGGAUGUGGGAAACAACUUUGGUGCCCCGCCGGUGUGUGUGUGGUGAUUGCACAUCCCCAAAAAAGAGAUAGUGUCAGUGAGUGCAUCGAA